CACAGGUAGCUAUGUUUCACUACUUUGAGCCAAUGGAGCGAGAUAAGAACUAAAAAAGAAUCCGAAUUGAUUGGGCAGAGACUGAAAGGGAGAAAAAUACCAGUCUCCAUUCAUUGUUUCAUGGAUGUAACCUUCUGUAAUGGAAGAUGAUUGAAGACAAGGGGCCUCGUGUUGCUGACUACUUUGUUGUAGCAGGAUUAACUGAUGUUUCAAAGCCUCUUGAAGAAGAAAUUCACUUCAAUGAUGCCUGUCAUAAAGUAGCAAAACCAAAAGAACCUAUCACUGAUGUUUCAGUUAUCAUUAAAUCUCUUGGGGAGGAAGUGCCACGGGAUUACAUGUGUAUUGAUGUCACCCCAACUGGAUUGUCAGCAGAUCUUAAUAAUGGAAGUCUCGUGGGGCCCCAGAUUUACCUUUGCUAUAGAAGAGGAAGAGAUAAACCUCCACUUACAGAUCUGGGGGUUCUAUAUGACUGGAAAGAAAGAUUAAAACAGGGUUGUGAAAUCAUUAAAACUACUCCUUAUGGGCACCCUGCAAAUAUUAGUGGCAGUGCCUCAUCCCAAAGGAUUUACAUCACUUACCGAAGAGCCUCUGAAAACAUGACUCAGAAUACGUUGGCUGUCACAGACAUUUGUAUUAUUGUACCCAGUAAAGGAGAAAGUCCACCACACACAUUCUGCAAAGUUGACAAGAAUCUCAAUAACAGCAUGUGGGGAUCCGCAGUAUACUUAUGUUACAAAAAAUCGGUGGCAAAGACUAACACUAUAUCUUAUAAAGCUGGUAAGUAUAAUUUUAGGGGGAAUACUUUAUAUGUCUAUGGUGCUGCUAUUCAGUUUUAUGAACCAUACUCUGAGGAGAAUCUCACAGAAAAACAGAGACUUCUUUUGGGUUUAUCUCCAUUGACAGAUGGGAAGUCUGAUAAUUCCAAAACAAUUCACACUAACAAAUGCAUCUGUCUUCUUUCUCACUGGCCUUUUUUCGAUGCAUUCAGAAAGUUUCUCACUUUUUUGUAUCGUUAUUCCAUCUCUGGACCUCAUGUCCUUCCAAUUGAGAAGCAGCUAUCACCACAUGAUAAUUUGAUUCUCAGUCAGCCAGUUUCUUCACCUCUUCCAUUAAGUGGUGGCAAGUUUUCAACACUACUUCAGAAUCUAGGCCCUGAAAAUGCGGUGACACUACUAGUCUUUGCAGUAACGGAACAUAAAAUUCUCAUUCAUUCCUUACGGCCUUCUGUGCUUACUAGUGUGACAGAAGCCUUAGUGUCUAUGAUUUUCCCUUUCCACUGGCCAUGCCCGUAUGUUCCUCUUUGCCCACUGGCCUUGGCAGAUGUCUUGAGUGCACCCUGUCCAUUCAUAGUAGGGAUUGAUUCCAGAUACUUUGAUCUCUAUGAUCCUCCACCCGAUGUCAGCUGCGUUGACCUUGAUACCAACACCAUUUCUCAAACCGGUGACAAGAAGAAUGUAGCCUGGAAGAUUCUCCCAAAGAAGCCAUGUAAAAAUCUGAUAAAUACCCUGAAUAAUUUGCACCAGCAAUUAGCAAAAUUGCAACAGAGACCACGAGAUGAUGGACUGAUGGACUUAGCAAUGAAUGACUAUGAUUUUAAUUCUGGAAAAAAGUUGCACAUGAUAGAUUUGGAAAUUCAGGAGGCAUUUUUGUUUUUUAUGGCCUCUAUUUUAAAAGGUUAUAGAUCAUACUUAAGGCCAAUAACACAAGCCCCAUCUGAGACAGCAACAGAUGCAGCUUCUCUUUUUGCCCUGCAAGCUUUCUUAAGAAGUCGGGAUCGAUCACAUCAAAAAUUCUAUAACAUGAUGACAAAAACUCAAAUGUUUAUUCGCUUCAUUGAGGAGUGUUCUUUUGUCAGUGAUAAAGAUGCAAGCCUGGCGUUUUUUGAUGAUUGUGUUGAUAAAGUGGAUAUGGACAAGAGUGGUGAAGUGCGACUUAUAGAAUUGGAUGAAUCUUUCAAAAGUGAACAUACUGUCUUUGUAACACCACCUGAGAUCCCCCAUCUGCCUAAUGGUGAAGAACCCCCUUUACAGUACAGCUAUAAUGGAUUUCCAGUUCUUAGGAACAAUUUGUUUGACAGACCUGAAGGAUUUCUACAAACACGAAAGAAGAAAUUGCCUUCAAAAUCAAGUAGUCCUAGCAGCCCUUCUCCUAUGUUCAGAAGAACAAAACAGGAAAUUAAAUCAGCCCACAAAAUUGCCAAGAAGUAUUCUUCUAUCCCGCAGAUGUGGUCUAGGUGCCUCCUGCGUCACUGCUAUGGACUAUGGUUUAUUUGUCUCCCAGCUUAUGUGAAAGUAUGUCAUUCCAAAGUCAGGGCUCUGAAAACUGCAUAUGAUGUGCUCAAAAAAAUGCAGUUGAAGAAAAUGGACCCACCUGAUGAGGUGUGCUACCGCAUCCUUAUGCAGCUCUGUGGACAGUAUGACCAGCCAGUACUUGCAGUUCGAGUGCUUUUUGAAAUGCAGAAAGCUGGUAUUGACCCCAAUGCGAUCACUUAUGGUUAUUACAAUAAGGCUGUUUUGGAAAGUACCUGGCCCUCAAGAAGUCAUAGUGGCUACUUUCUGUGGACAAAAUUAAGAAAUGUUGUUUUAGGAGUAGCACAAUUCAAAAGAGCUUUAAAGAAACAUGCACACUCAUCACAAAUAAUUCUCUCAGGUGGUCAGUCGGAUCUGGGAUAUAAUUCACUAUCUCAGGAUGAAGUUAGAAGAGGGGAUACAUCUAUUGAGGAUACUCAGGAAGAAAAAUAUAAAAAAGAGAGUGAUUCUAGUUCCAUGUCAGAGAAUGAGAGUGCAAAAGGAAGCGCUGACUGCCUUCCUACACUCAGUUAUCAAAGUUCUUCCAGUAUAGUUCGCCUCGGUGGUACAAGUAAGAACAAUGCUGAUAAAAUGUCUGGAGAAAGCACAGAAAGCACACCUGAACUGCUCCUAAUGUCAUCUCUCGAGGAUACAAAUGACCCAGGAAAUGUUCAAAGUAGAUGCUUCAGGAAGAGACAUAAAAGUGACAACGAACCUAAUUUGCAGCAACAAAUGUCCUGGGGAAAUAGAAACCGUAAUCUUAGUGGAGGGGUGCUGAUGGGUCUUAUGCUAAAUAGAAUUAACAAGGAAACAAACCCUGGAGAUAUAGUUGAAAAAUUAGGUGCAGAUGCAAAAAUUCUUUCAAACGUUAUCUCCAAAAGUACAAGACCAAAUAGUCUUGAUAUUGGAAGGCCACUAUUACAGUCAAAAAGAGACAGUCUAGAAAAAGAAUCCAGUGACGAUGAUACACCUUUUGAUGGUUCAACUUGUUUGGCAGAUAAAGUAGAUUCUCCUGUUAUUUUUGACUUAGAAGAUAUAGACAAUGAAAUAGAUAGAUCAAAAGUGGGGUAUACAGCUGCACAACAUCUUAAGACAGUGCAGUGUAUGAACAGCAGCUUUUCAGUAAAACCUUUUGAGAAAAUUGACGUUGCAACAGGGUUUGAUCCCCUCUCUCUUUUGGUUGCUGAGACUGAACAGCAACAAAAAGAAGAAGAAGAAGAUGAAGAUGACAGCAAAAGCAUUUCCACACCAUCAGCCAAGCGUGACUUAGCUGAAGAAAUUGAGAUGUAUAUGAAUAACAUGAGCAGUCCUUUGACAAGUCGUACACCAAGUAUUGAUCUGCAGCCAGCAUGUGAUGAUAAAUUAGCCAAUAAGAAAAGUCCAACAUUGGUCAAGGCCUGUAGAAGAUCGAGCCUGCCUCCUAAUUCUCCUAGGCCAGUGAGACUUACCAAAUCUAAAAGUUAUACCAAAAGUGAGGAGAGACCAAGGGACAGACUCUGGUCUUCUCCAGCCUUCUCCCAUACUUGCCCAUUUAGGGAAGAAUCUCAAGAAAUAUUAACCCAUUCAUCACCUUCAUUUAACUUGGAUACACUGCUAGUACCUAAGCUAGAUGUUUUAAGGCACAGUAUGUUCACUGCUGGAAAAGGAGUUGCAGAGAAAGCAAGUAGAUGGUACUCAAGAUUCACCAUGUAUGCCAUGUCAUCAAAGGAUCAAAGUUCUGAUCGUACCAGUCUUUCUUCAGUGGGAGCCCAGGAUUCUGAAUCUACCUCUCUGACAGAUGAAGAUGUCUGCCAUGAGUUGGAAGGUGCCACUUCCUCCCAAGAGAGUAGUGCCACUUCAGGGACCAAGGGAAUUGAUGUCAGCCGGAUGAGCCUGGAAAGUUCUGCCUCCUUAGAAGGGUCCCUGUCAAAGUUCGCUUUGCCUGGGAAAUCAGAAGUGGCAUCUUCCCUCAAUACCAGUAAUACUAAUAUCUUCCAGAACUAUGCAAUGGAGGUUCUCAUCUCUAGCUGUUCUCGGUGUAGAACAUGUGAUUGUCUUGUCCAUGAUGAGGAAAUCAUGGCUGGAUGGACAGCGGAUGAUUCAAACCUCAAUACUACCUGCCCAUUCUGUGGCAAUCUUUUCUUACCCUUUCUCAAUAUUGAAAUAAGAGACUUAAGACGACCUGGAAGAUAUUUUUUGAAGUCAGCUCCAUCUACAGAAACUGUGCACUUUCCAUCCUCCUUUUCAAGUCAGACAAGGCAGUCUUGCAUUUCAACAUCAGCCUCUGGUCUUGAUACAUCUGCCAUCUCGGUUCCAGGAAAAUUUGAUCUAAACAGCAAAUCUAAACUGCAGGAAAAUCCCUGUACCCAAAGUAUUCAGAUUCCCACCAAUAGAUCAAAAACAGCUGUGUCAAAAUGUCCACUAUUCCCAAUGGCCAGGAGCAUUAGUACUUACAGCCACUUGGAUAAAGAGGAUUCCAGAGGACAGAAACUGGUUCCCACAGGCAGCCUGCCAGCUACUUUACAAGGGGCUACAGAUUCUUUAGGGUUAGAAUGGCACCUUCCAAGUCCAGAUCCUGUCACAGUUCCAUAUCUUAGUCCACUAGUUGUUUGGAAGGAACUUGAGAGCUUGUUGGAAAAUGAAGGUGACCAUGCAAUAACAGUGGCUGACUUUGUGGAUCAUCAUCCAAUUGUUUUUUGGAAUUUGGUGUGGUAUUUUAGGCGUCUUGACCUUCCAAGUAACUUACCAGGAUUGAUUCUUUCUUCUGAGCACUGUAACAAGUAUUCAAAGAUUCCCCGCCACUGUAUGUCAGAAGAUAGCAAAUAUGUUUUAAUACAAAUGUUAUGGGACAAUAUGAAAUUACACCAGGAUCCAGGACAGCCCUUGUACAUCCUGUGGAAUGCCCACAGUCAAAAUCGUACUCUUUUGUUUGAGACCCAAAAGUAUCCAAUGGUACAUUUGUUGCAAAAAAAUGAUAACUCAUUUAACCAGGAAUUACUGAAAAGUAUGGUUAAAAGCAUUAAAAUGAAUGAUGUCUAUGGACCAAUGAGUCAGAUUCUAGAGACACUGAGUAAGUGUCCGCAUUUUAAAAGACAGAGGAGCUUAUACCGAGAAAUACUAUUUCUCUCACUGGUGGCGCUGGGAAGAGAAAACAUUGAUAUAGAUGCAUUUGAUAAAGAGUACAAGAUGGCAUAUGAUCGCCUCACACCCAGUCAAGUCAAGAGUACACACAACUGUGACAGACCACCAAGUACGGGAGUGAUGGAAUGUCGAAAAACCUUUGGAGAACCUUAUCUUUAAGAUGUGUGUGUGUGUGUGUGUGUGUGUGUGUGUAUACAUUUGAUGUGUAUUGUAUAGUCAGUGUACAAAAUAACACUUUUAGACUCUAAACUUUUUUUUAAAAUUUUGCAAGUGUAUUUGUAAAUGGUUUGGAAAGUUCAGAAUGCCUAUGUAUAGAAUGCUUUCAGAAGAGAAUCAUGACAAACGGGGAGAGACACUUUGUUUCCCCUUCUUUAUUCUUUUACCUUUAACUCCUUGUAAGUAUUUUUGUGAUGAGGAAAUCCCUAAAUUAGUUGCCAUAAAAUGAGACAACUUUUUUUUAUGGUUUCUUUUGGAAAAGACAGAUGGGGAAAUCAUGUGUGAAACCUAAACAGAAAUGUAAGAUCAAAGUAUCUCUUGUUUUCAUAGAUUAUUCAGAUGUUUUGACCAUGAAGUUGUAUUAUACAUAUUUUAAAUUGUUUAUAGUAAGUUGAUAUUUUUUUAAUUUUUAAAUUUAAUAUAGCAAACCUAAAGUGAAUUUAAACUUAUGGAGCAAGCGUUUAUUUUGUCUGCUGCUAUUUAAAGUAAUUAGUACAGCUGCAGAUAUCUAUGUAAGUCUAUCGAUCUAUUUUUUUUAAUUACUUGGGAGAGUAAAUUUAAAUUGUCAGUGCUAGUGUCAGUGUCAUCCUGGGAUUGCAUGUUAACCCUAAGCC